UUCAAACAUUACUUAAAAACUUAAAAAAUUGUUUUCCAGCUUUUUCUUUAAAAAAUUAAAAAGAAUGUUUUCAAAGACUCGUUUCUGCUAAAGUAGAUUUCCGCCGCUAGCUUUUUUUAUCUCCGCUAUAGUUUGUAAUGAGGAGCGGCCAUCGCAGGCGGGCUUAGACAUACAGGGUUUCUUCUUCCGUCAUCAAUUGUGCAGCUAUUUUUCUUGUUUUUUUUGCUCGGGCGAGAUUAAGCGGAGGAAGAGGAUGCUUAGUCUCCAGCGGUCAAAGGUUGCGCAGGGACGGAAGACAGAUGCUUGGUCUCUGGCGCCCAAAGGUUGUGGACGAAGCGUGAGUCUGGAGGUUGGAACAGAUCUGGAUUCAAAGUCAUUCGUGAUAGGUGGUGACAAAGGAGGCUUGGUAGAGAACAUUAUGAACAAGAGGCAAGGCGAGGAAGCGACUACACUACUGCUGAAUCGUCCCCCUCCUGAACCACCGUCAUGGAAUGCGGGAGAGUUUAGGGUUUGGAAGCAGCAUUUUAAUUUUAUUGUUUGCUUGCUAUUUACUUUUCAUGAUAAAACUGUUUAUUUUUCUGUCGAUUACUUUUAUUGAUGUAAGACUCUUGCAUUAGGAUUGGGGGAUGGAAGACCUGCUUUAACCAUCGUUGGCUCAUUCGUCCAUUAUAGGAUUAGCGAGUCAUAUUGCUUUUUGAAGGUAAUUGACUCUAAGUCAUUUGUUUGUGGUCCUUUUGUCGUUUUACCCCUAUCUAAAUGUUGUGAUAUCAAUUUAAGUCAUUUGUUUUGACGAUAAAAAAAAUGGUUUGUUCUUAAAUUAAUCACUUUAAAACUAAUCUGGAAGUUGGUAGGUUGAUGCUUCUAUCUUGUUCUAGGUAUGUAAGGUAAAUAACAAAAACUUUAAGGUUUUAGGACAAAUUUUAUCAGCAAAAGUCCAAAGUAACCUUAUCUCUUCUUAUUCCCCGUAUAAAUACACACACACACCGGCGAUUGGCGACGGGCCUCCACCACCAGUUUUUCGCCGCACUAGACACUCGGCCGACGGGAGCAUUUAGCUGCUCAAAAUCGGCAAGCCAGCCUUCAGGCAGAUUCACAACAAUCAGGAUCGGCCUUUCAUGCAGCGGCUACCUUGUAGGAGGUAGCGACUGCAAUAUGCCAACUUUAAAUUUUCUAUCAAAAGCAAUUCUAUUCUAAAACACUAUCAAUUUUUACUAAACACUUUGUUUAAAAUUACUUUAGCAAUCACUUUUAUAAAGUUGAAGCAAUGGCAAACCUCCCCUUAAUCAUGGAUAACUUUAUGUUGUUGUAUCACUGGUAACCUAUGGGAAGGGGCUUCAGAUUUUGAUUUUAUUUUAAACAAAAACAUACAUUAGCAAGAAAACUAUGGUGUCGUGUAUAAUGAAACUUUUCAAAAUCCCCAAGAACUUAUGUAAUUUUGUAGAACGCAU